AUGCUCGAGACUAUCGAAGAAAGAAAGAAGCAGGAGAAAAAAGAUGGUGAUGAAGUGAAAUAUGCUCAUGCUGGAGAUAGUUAUUCUGAGGAUGUGAUACUAAUGGAAAAUACGCAAUCGAGCAAUGAGCAAACCAAAACGUGGCACCUAGAUUCAGGAUGCAGCAACCACAUGACUGGUAAUAAAAACUGGUUCACCAAGUUAGAUGAAUCAGUCAAGAAAGUGAUCAAGUUUGCAGAUGGCAGACACGUCAGAUUAGGUGGUAAAGGAAACAUAUAUGUGGUUAGAAAUGAUGGUCGAAAAGCCAACAUCAUUGAUAUGUUGUAUGUACCUUUGAUGACAAGUAACUUGAUAACCAUAGAUCAAUUGCUUGCGAAAGGGUACAACUUGAUGGUAGAAAAGAAUCAGAUGAAAGUAUAA